UGUACUGGACUCUGUCCCUGUCUGUGGCGUGGGGCUCCACUGUCCAGCUGGACAGUAAUGGAUACAGAGGAGUGGUCAUCGCCAUUCACCCCAGAGUGCCAGAGAGCCCUGCCCUCAUCUCCAGCAUCAAGGACAUGUUCGCCGCGGCCUCGUCGUACCUGUUCGCCGCCACAGGGAGGCGAGCUUACUUCCAGGAGGUCAGGAUCCUCGUGCCCAACACCUGGAGAAGAAACAACAGCCUCUACAGCAGGCCGCGCACGGAGAAAUACACAAAGGCCAGUGUGAUCGUGUCAGACCCCUCCUGCAAGGACAGCACAGGACCUCCCGCUGCUCCCUACACGCUGACCGAUGGGCACUGCGGCCAGCCGGGACGGUACACACACAUGAGCCCCAGGUACCUGCUGGAGGAACAGGGCGUCCGCAGCUACGGACCCAGAGGUGAGGGGUCAAACAUGGAGCGUCCAUCUGACAGGAUCGCUCGGAUGCGCCAGGCUGCGGAGAUCUUCCUGGUCCAGAUCCUGGAGCAGGACUCGCUGGCCGGAAUCGUGCGCUUUGAUAGCAGCGCGGUCAUCCUGCAGCACCUCACCCUGGUCAGUGGGCUGGCCGUGCGGACAGAGCUGGCCCGCAAGCUGCCCACCCAGGCCUCAGGAGGGACCAACAUCUGUGAGGGUCUAAACAAGGGGUUCGAGGUCCUGAGAGAGGAUGACCAGGACGUCGCGGGCACUGAGAUCAUCCUACUGACAGACGGGGAGGACAGCAAUGUGGGCUCCUGUCUGCAGACAGCGCAGAGCAGUGGGGUCACUAUCCACACAGUGGCACUGGGCCCCAGCGCUGACCCUCUGCUGGAGCAGUUCGCCCUUCGAACAGGUAGGGAUCCCCCUCUGUGGUGUCUCCCGAGCACCGUCAACAGCCAAGCUGUGCGCGCUGGGGCGAGGUCAAAGGUCAUCCAGGCGUUUCGCUUCCUGGAAAAUGCGGUGACGGGAACCAAUCAGAAUCGGGCGUCCGAGUUUGAAUUGUGGGCAAGAGCCAAUGAGGAGGGAGGGGCGUGGUUUAGAGCUUUAAACUCUGGGGGGGGGGAAACACGUCAAACGGAAGAGGAGAGACGCCGCGCCUGCGCAGAGCGGCCCUCUUCGCUCGAGGAAGGAAACAGGCCGGAGCCGCUCCAGUUCCGCCAGGCCGGACCGCCGAGCCCAGCCCAGCCCAGCCGAACCGAGCCCCGCCAGGACCCGCCCAGCCCAGCGCUGUCCGAGUGCGGCCUGAGGCAGCAGCGCAGCCCGGAGAGAGGAGCCGCGGACCAGCCCGACCAGCCCGACCCGUCGACAGACGCGCCGCGAGGGAAGAUG